GUGGUAUCAAAAACCUUCAAGCAGCCAGUAGCCGGAUCCAAUUCGAGGAAGACGAUAGGACCUUUCACUGGACCACAUUCCUACCGCGCACGUGGAAAACCAAGAUACCGCCUCACUCUGAAAGAGACACACUUGGUCCAACUCAUCUCGCGAACAUAGUGAUUGGAGAAGCGAAAAAAAUCAACCCGAAUGAGCGCCUUCCACCCCAAACUCCACGCCGGCGGGCCCAGCGGCGUCGGCGGAGGCGGACCCAGUCUCUCCCAAUGGACCGGUACCUCCAGCUCGCUCAGCGCCAGCAUCGCGCUCGACCAAGAUCCGAACCAGAGUCCCACACACAACCCGAAUCAGGGUCAGGUUCCUGCAGGGACGACGACAGUCGCGUAUACCAAUUUGGACGUCUUGUCGGGAAGGGUGUUGGUGAGGACGACGAAGAGUGCGGAUAUUGCUAGUAUUGUCGUCAAGUUGGAGGGAGAGAGUCGGUCGAGGUUGAUGACGCCGCCGGGACCGAAUGGAGAGAGGAGUCGGGCGGUGGUGGAGUAUCAUAAGAUCCUCUACAAAACCCAAACCGUUUUCCCACCAAGCUCCAUCGGCCAUCAACAAACCAACACCGCCGGCUCACCCACCUUUCCCUCCUCCUCGCGCCAAUCCUACACCCUCCCCAUCGGCACCCACGCCUACCCCUUCUCCUUCAAACUCCCCUUCAACAACUCCUGCAAUGCCCACCAAAACGCCCACGUCCCCGUCAUGGUCGGCAUGGACGUCGCCAUGCCCGCAUCUCAACACGUCAAACGUACUCUUCCACCCACCCUCAGCGGAUUCCCGGGUGAAGCGGAAAUCCGAUAUUUCGUCAAAGUCACCGUCGUGCGGCAGUCGUUGUUCAAGGAGAACCCGAGGGCAUAUGCGCCGUUCAAUUUCUUUCCCAUCGAACCUCCCAGGCCGAGGAGUUCAGGUUCGGAAACUUAUGCAAGGCAGAGACAUGCGUUUACUGCGUUUCCUUCAGGGGAGCCGGUCUCCGCUUCGAGGGAGAAGAUGCGCCAUCUGUUCAGCUCAGGUGGUGAUUCGAAGUCUCCUCCCAGUCCCACCGCUGUGCAGUCGGACCACCCAGCCCCGGCCAUCAGCCUUGACGCUCGACUCCCCGAACCGGCCAUCUUGACCUGCAGCCAAUCCAUCCCGCUCCGCCUCCUCAUCAAGCGACUCAACACCUCCACCGAUCCAAUCCACCUGACCUCCUUACAAAUCUCCCUCAUCGGCCACACCAAAAUCCGCGCGCACGAAGUCUUUCGCACGGAAAGCCAGUCGUGGAUCGUGAUGAGCAAGAGUAAUCUCGACAUUCCCUUGCUGGAGACAGCAGCAGGAGGAGGAGGAGGGGAAGGACAGGAAUGCGUGGUGGAUGAGAAUUUGUGGAAGGGCUGUGGACUGCCGAAUACGGUCGCGCCGGGCUUUGUGACGUGUAAUAUUCAGAGGUUUUAUCAGAUUGAUGUGAGGGUGGGGUUGGCGUAUCGAGGGAGGGGGAAGGAAAAGCCACAAACCAUCAUCCUCCCCCUCCGCCUCGACGCCCAAGUCUUCUCCGGCAUCGCACCUCCCCCCGAAGUCCUCGCUCGCAUGGCCGCCGCGUCAGCCACCCCUGCCACCAACCCCAUCAACGCGAAACUUCGAGCCGAAGGCCGUCAAGACCCGGACUUUGGAGCGAAUACUGUUCCUUACACGCCUGUUGAAGGGAUGGGUGGAGGAGAGGAGUUGGGAGAGGCCCCGCCGCCGAGUUAUGAGGAUGCGAUUGCGGAGGAUGCGGCCCCGGUGAGGGCGCCGAGACCGGUUUAUGUGCCGCCGGUGGCGGUGGAGGAUCGGGUUUUGGGUGGAGGUGGGGAUGAGAAGAAGGGGUGGCAUUGA